AUGUCAUCAUCAUCAUCAUCGGUGAGAAAGCCUAGAGCUAAACCAUGGCAAGGACAGGUUGCAGAUGAUUUAGAGACUGAAUCAGCGAUGGUGGGACCUUCACAACCCGUAACUUUAAAAGUGGGGUCCUCCGAUGAUGAAAGAAGUGCACCAGAACUACCGCACCGGCCAGCAGGCCUCGAAACCGACUCUGAUGCGAACAAUAACAUACGCAGCAACGCUGGAAACCAAACCAACUUUUACGGACAGAAUGGCAUGGGAUAUGGCGGGUCUUUGUAUGGAGGCAAUUUCGGUUCGCCCUACGCAUCCAAUGGGUACGGAUCGAUGUAUGGAUCAGGUUAUGGCUCGAUGUACGGAUCGGGUGGUGGUUAUGGUUCUAUGAUGGGUGGAGGAUAUGGAGCAGGAGGCAUGUAUGGGAUGGCAGGGUUGAAUGCCAAUGCCAAUGCAAUUGCAAACGGGGCACCCGGACUGGCAGAAUCGACCCAAGCGACGUUCCAGUUGAUCGAAAGUCUGAUUGGGGCCGUUGCAGGGUUUGCACAGAUGCUAGAGGCAACUUACAUGGCUACUCAUAAUUCAUUUUUCACAAUGGUUUCGAUGGCAGAACAGAUUGCAACUCUGAAAGAGAUGCUGGGAUCGUUUUUGGGAAUUUUUGCAGUCAUCAAGAUGCUCAAGAAAGUGCUUUACAAGAUCACCAGCGGGAGACUAGGCACAGCUCCUCGUCUUAAAGCGUCUGGUGGGGCUCAAAGCGAACUUGCGAAAGAAUUCGACAAGUUCACAGGACGGGACCUGGAGCGCGACAAGCGUGGGAAAAGACGUAUUUCGUGGAAACCAUUGUUGAUCUUUUUGGCCGCUGUGUUUGGAUUCCCAUUUCUACUGCGAAAGUUUGUUGCAAGACUGGCCGAGAUCCAACAACGGAAAACGUUGCAGGCGCACAAGAACGGGGCCGGUGGUUCUGGAGGGCUGGACCCACGGAAUCUUGAGUUUGCACGGGCUACGUACGAUUUCACGCCUGAGAAUCCGCAGAUUGAAGUACAGUUGCAGAAGGGCGAUCUGAUGGCUGUGAUGAGCAAGACGGAUCCUAUGGGUCGCGACAGCGAGUGGUGGAAGGUGCGUACGAAAAAGGGUGCUAUUGGGUACGUACCGAGCAAUUAUCUGGAGUUGAUUCGUAGACGUGUGGAGAGUGUGGAGAGUGUGGAGAGUGUGCGGUAG